AUGGGGUCCAGCUCUAAAAGAAAGAAGGAGAAGCAAAAGGACUUCCAGAAACCUAAACUCAAGGUUGGGAAAACCAAAGCGAAGCCCGACAACUACACCGAUACGAGUUUCAAAUCGAAGUCAAUUGUCCUCACACAACAAUCUCUCCACCUUUCCGCCCCAACUUCAAAUGCCACAUUCACGCAUAACCUAUCUCUCCUCUCCGCCAAAUCCGACAGCCAACGACGCGACUCGCUCGCUUAUCUGACUACCACGAUAUCAUCUCGACCAGUAAACUCGCCUCUGCCACAACCAGUGAGCGUUAUUCUACCAUCUCUGCUGCCGCUCAUCCUCGAUGGAACCACCAGCGUACGGACUCAGCUUCUUAAGCUCUUGCGGACCCUGCCAGCUGGCGAUGUCGAAGACCAUGUGGCGCAACUCCUUCCCUACGUUCGUGCAGGAAUGACCCAUCUUGCAGCGGACAUCCGUAGCUCUGCUGUGGAGAUUUUAUCAUGGAUGGUCGAGGCAGCGGGGGAAUCAACAGUUUCCUGCGCGGGAGGAUGGAUCAAAACACUCAACUGCUUCUUGUCUGUGUUGGGCUGGCACACCGAAGAAUCAUCGCAGUGGUCCUCAAGCCGAGCUUCAUUUGGGAAGUCCGGUAGCCAGGGUAAGCCCAUGGUUAAAACGCUUGGGGCUCUGGCGAUGUUUUUGGAUGCUGGGAUCGGGAAACCUUCUACCGGCGGUGUCGAUAGUGAGAUGUCUGGUGAUGAUGACGAGAGUGUCGACUGGCCGUUCCCACUUUGCCAGACUGCUCAGCACAUGAUCUCGGACUCAUCUACCCCAUUUGCAUAUUUGAAUCUGUUUGGGAAGCCGCGCGACGAGGAAGGGGAAAUGUACGAAACGCGUGAGGACAGGUACCGCGUGUUUUCGACUCGUUUCCAGCCAGCAAUCGAGCGUGGAAUCAAGAGCGCCAGAGAAGAAGGUGGCGAAUUGGGCCGUGCAUCAUCCGGUGUGAGCAAGGUGUUGAAAGAAGCGAUUGCGUACGGACCGGGCCCAUGA